UUAUGAAGUGCUUGUGUGCCGUAAAAUCCAAGGGGCUCAGCUUGCAUGGAUCAUUGAGCCUUGAAUAGCAUAUGGGUGCACAGUGGAGUGAAGUACUGACCAGAGAGAAGAAAAGGGGUAAACUUGACACAGGAAACUCAGAGAGAGGGAGGGUAUCAUGGAUGAAGAGAAUGUGAAGAUCUGGCGAGCAAGAGAAGCUAUCAAGCACAAAAUGCGAGCUGGAGAUUACAUCGGUGCAAGAGCCUUAAUUCUUGAAGCUCUGAAGGCUUUUCCAACACUAGAUCACGCAUCAGGGAUGCUAACUGUAUGCGAAAUCCUUUGUUCAACAAUAAUGGAGCUGCCGGGCUUUGGAAUUGAUUGGUAUUGGGUACUUCAGCUCCUUGCUUCUGCAAGUCCGGCUGCUGUUGAAGCUCGGUAUCAAAAGAUAGUGACUCAGUUGAAGCUCAUCAAGAAUGAUUGCCCAGGCACUGAGUUAGCCCUCAAUUUUGCAGCAGCUAACGCUUUCUCUGUUCUCUCAGAUCCUAUAAAUAGGGCAGAAUUUGAUUCCAAGAGAAGUACGUUUGAAGGUCUGUCUCAAUAUUACAAUUCGGUGAGCUCUUAUAGGCUUAAAAGAGCAGCUGGCGAGGUUUACAGUGGAAACGGAGACAUUAAUGAGAAUCAGAAGAGGAUAUUUUGUGAUCUGGAAGCAAGUUGUGCUACGAAUCAGGUGAACUUCUUAGAUAAUGUCAAUCUCCAAAGGCAUUGGGAGUUUUGGAAAAAAAGUCCCGCAGCCAGAAAGCAACCGGAGGACUUCUAUGACUUUGACAACAGUAGGAAGCCGGAACACUUCUCUGAAGGUCAGAUUUGGGCAGCUUAUGAUCUAGAGAGCAUGCGUCGUCGUUAUUGUAAAAUUGACAAGAUCAUAGGUCAGAAACUUCAAAUCUAUGUCGCAUGGUACAAAGCCUGUCCCUGUCAGUCCUAUGAGAAAAAAUGGCAGGAUGCUGGCUUUCAAAUUCCUUGCGGAACCUUUGGUCUUGAGAUGAACAGAAUGACACUUACCGGGGCUUCUAUGUUCUCUUACAUGCUUUUUGAUGGUAUAACUAAAGAGCCGCUUGAUUACCCGAAGAAGGUUGAAGUUUGGGCUAUUUAUAAAGAUUGGGAUGAGGAGUGGUGCUCUGACCCUGGGAUGAGGAAGAAGUGCGCAUUUGGGAUUGUAGAAAUUCUUGCUGAUUUUCUAAAAGGUUCUGGUGCCAAGGUUGCCUACUUAGUGAGAGUUCAAGGAUUCAAAAAUGUAUUCCAGCGGCACUACAGGAGAGGGACUGAGCUAUCUUUCCAAAUACUCUGCAAUAAGCUUUUGAUGUUCUCCCACAGGAUCUUGGCAUUUAGAUUCAUCAGCGAAGAACUAAGCGGGAUAUCAAACGGAAUGUUAGAGGUAGACCCCUUGGCCAUACCAGAUAAUUUGGUUCAAGAUUUCUCACGUGCUGUUGUUGGAUUCGUGGACUUAACGUCCCAGUCAAAUGAAGAAAAAGAUUGCGGUGAUGACGCUAGCAUUACCCAUCUUAUGAAUCCCCCCAUAAGCACAAUAGAUACCGGGGGAUCAAACUCAAGACCCGAGACUCAAAAAGUAAAAUUGACCCCCCAAGACUUUGUGCAAGAUCAAGUUUGGGCUGUUUAUGAUGAUUUUGAUGCCAUGCCUCUAUCAUAUAUCAAGAUAAACUAUGUUUUUUUGUCACCCAUCACAGUGUCCGUUACGUUCUUAGAACCGCAUCCAGUGCACAAGAAAGAGAGAGAAUGGGUGGAGGAGGGCUUACCCAUUGUAUGUGGGAUAUUUAGAGGGAUAUUUAGAGCUAGCAAGAGUGCGCCCAACUUAGAAGUGUCCAAAUUCUCACACCUUGCUCACUGUGAAAGGAUCUCAAAGGGAUCCCUUCUAUGGAAUUUUCCCAAGGGAGCCGCAAGGUCCCACUGUCUUUUUUGAUCAAAUAUUAUCAAACGCCGAAGCCUGGCUUUCAGCUA